AUGCAACAAAGCAAACGCCGCGCGCCACCACCUCCGCUCAACCUGCGGUCGCUUGAGCGACCCCAACCCUCCUUUAGGCGUUCGCCACGCUUUCCCCCCCCAACACCACCUCCAAGGACCCCACUACCAUCCCUCCCCCUCCUGACACCACCACACACGCCGUGCUCUUCCCAUCUCCGCCUACCUGCCGACCGCUGUCCGUCUCUCUCGUCGUGCGCAUCCCCUCUCUCCGUGAUAUCCCCGACAUACCUUGAGCCUCGCGAUCUACGGCGACAGCCGACCCUCUCGCGUCGUGCAAGCCGGCGCGCCCCACGAGAGUCGCUUGUUGCCCUACCCACCAAAUUCCACGAGGACGAUGACGGACUCCAUCCCUUCGCCAGGGUGGAUGACGCCGACACGCUCUACUCUCCCACGUCCAGUACGUACUCGAGCGCUACGGCGGUCAGCGGCGUCGACGCACGUAUAGCCGACCUCGAAGCCCAGCUCAGAGCCCUGCAGGAACGCCUUGAGCCGGAAUUGCGGACAACUAAGAGUAUGCCAUUCCUCCGUCGCCUGCAGAGGAAAGACGACCGCCAAGCCAAGGAGUUUAUGGCUUUGGUUGAAGCCAAGGAGUUUAUGGCUUUGGUUGAAGCCAAGCGGAAUGGCAAACCGAUCCGCGACAAGGAAGAGCGCCCCAGUGCCCGCGCCCUCCUUCUCGGUAGGGCGGGGGCGAGUACCAUCGACCUCAGUCAUCUGGAGGUCAAGGACAAGGAGAAGCGGCGGUGGAAUAUAUGGUGCACAACCUGCCGCGCAAUCAAGGUGCGAUGUAUCCGGACUGCCGACGGGAGUGUUUGUGCGCGGUGUAGCCGGUAUGGGCUACAGUGCGCCGACCCACCCGUUAUCAAGCGCAAGGGCCGCCCACCCAACUCGGCGCGGCGUCUUCAAGAGACUAACGACCAAGAGAACCAGACCCAGAACCAGAACCAGACCCAGACCCAGACCCUGUUCCCGCAGGCGUAUCAGGCCCCCUCGUCGUCGCCGGGCAAGCCCGACCUGUUUCCCAUAUCGUUUCCUUACGCCGGCCUCUCGCCACCCGCCCCGACCGCGAUGGCACAGAGCCUCGUCGACCUCAGCCGCUCGGGCCCACACAGUACGAGCACGACUACGGUGUCGCCGACGAGCGGCAACCAUCCCAACUCGAGUCGGAACCAGAACCUCAACAUGGCCGAGUUCCUCGACCCGGCAGAAGGGAGCAGCGCCAAGGCCCCGUUCUACUCGAGCGCACCAGCGCGGAGAGGAUACGCACCAGACGCAGACGACGAGGAGAUGAACGAGACAGACGACCCCGUGUCCCUCCGCGCACUCAGCGAGGUCGAGGCCAACCAGCUCGUUCAACUAUUCAUGGAGCGGCUCAACCCACUCGUUGCCGUGCUCGACGCCAACCUCCACACGCUCGAGUAUCUACGGCGCACAUCGAGCGUGCUAUUCUCGACCGUGCUCGCGAGCUCGUCAAGGUUCUUCAGACAGGACCUGCAUCCCGCACUCAUCUCGCACGCGCGUACUGUGCUCGACCGCGCGCUGUUGAGCGGUGUGUCUGAAACCGGCGUCGUACAGUCCCUCAUGAUCAUGACCUACUGGAAGGACCCCGAAGACACGAGCGGAUGGAUGAAGGUUGGCAUGGCCAUCCGCCUGGGGUACAGCCGCUUCUGGCACAUCCCGCGACUCGAUCCGCUGCCAGAGGAUGAGCGUGAGGCGCGCAAGCUACUCAACGCCGAAAGGACAUGGUUCUGUCUGUUCUCGUUCGAUAGAGGACUAUGCAAGCUCAAGGAUCACUGGGGUUCACUGCACAAGUCUCCGCACCACGGCUACCUCGGCGUUGCAAUAGAGACUCUCACGGCGCAGAGCGAAGCGAUGAUCAACAAGUAUUUCAGCAACGAAUCCCCCCCGCCAUGCUUCAACCAAGAUCUGGAGCACGUGCUCCUCUGGUCAAUUCUUGACUUCAUGUUCGUUAUGAAACGCUACCAGCAGGACCUGGUGCGCAGCGACCCGCUCCGCCUCGACUCGUGUCUCGAGCUAGUCGCACGGAUCGCGGACGAAAUCGACAUUCUCGCAGGCAACGGCAUGCUGAUUAUCAUGCAGGACAGCGCGAGCUGCAUGACCUCUGGUCUGGCCGAGUUUGCGGGCAAAGUGUUCCGCUACUCGACCCGACAGCAGAAGACAUUCAUCCUGACCGUUCUGCACCGCAUCCUGCUUGCACACGCCAGCGUCACGAGCGAGGAAAACAAGACUGCGCCGGCGUACGUCGCGCGCUAUAUCCGACGCGUUCUCAGUUCGCUCAGCGAUGAAUCACGCGCCGGCUCGCCCGGCAUCGCUGAGGCCAUGGCUAAUGGCACGGGAGAGGGUGAGAUGGGCAUCGGCGUCGAUUUCUUCGCCGAGCUGGGGUUGGAGGAGUUCAUGCAGCUUCCAGAUUAUAUGGCGCACAACGCUGCGGACGAUGACCGAUACUGGUCUAACAUGCUUCUUUCAGAGUACGCCCCGGCGCAGUAA